AUGUUCAAAAUAUAAUAAUUGUUUGAGGAGAACGGGAUUCCUUUUGAAACAAAAUUAGAUCCUAGAAACUAUAGAAAAAUCUUGGAUAAACAAUUCACUCAAUUAAUAUAAUAGUAAGAAAGUGAAUAAAUUAAUUUAGAAGAGGUUCUCCAAGAAUAGAUUUAGUUAAAAUAAUAAUUAGCUGAAUUAAUUAGAAAAGUACAUUCAAGUGGGAAACCAAGAAAAAAGAAUGCAAAUAAAAUAAAAUAAAGGAAAUAUGAAAUUAAGACAUGUGAAGCUUAAAUCGAAUAAAUUGAAUAAUAAUUGAGAGACAGAUAACACUACCAGCAGGCUACUUAAGAGGAAGUGGAAUUGUUGGGUAAUAAAAUUGCAGAAAUCAAGGAAGAAGCAAAUGAAAGUAGAGAAGAAUUAUAAAGAGCAGCAGCCACAGUCUAAGAAUUAUCAUAAUCCUACUAAAAGUUAGUUAAUUAAAGCAAUCAAAUAAGAAAUAUAUAUUUGAAUUUAUAGUAGGAGAUUAAGGCUAGUCAACAAAAGUAGAAUUAGUUACAGGCUGCGAGUUUGCAUUACGAAUAAGAAUUUGAAAAAUUGUGUAAGGAAUAAUAAAGACUUGAUCCUAAGUUAUUGUAAAAAUAAUAGAAAUUAGAGGAACUAGAACAACUAAAAAAUAAGUUAGACAUGGAACUAUCUUAGAAAAAUAAUGAAUUACAAUAGUCAAGAAUCUAAUUAAAAGAGUUUGAAGAUGAAUUUAAUAAGACCAAAAGUUAUGAUAAAUUAAUCAAAUAAGAAGUCAAAGCUUAGGAAUCAUUGUAAAUGGAGCGAAAGUUGCUUUUGGAUGAAUUUUAGAGAAUUUGUUCUAUUAGUGGAAUUGAUUAACUAGCAUAAUAAUCGGAUGAAGGACUUAUGAAUGAGUUAGAUUAGAAAAUCUAAUAAAAUUAAGAUACAAUUGAAUCUUAAGAGAAAAUGCUUGAUGGAUUAUAGAGUGAAAUUAAUUUACUAAUGGAAAAAGAGGAAACAUUUACUAUCAGAAGAAAUGAACUUCUAAAUAGAUAUCAUGGACUAGAAAAGUAGAUGGAUGAUUUGGCUAAAAAGUAUGCAUAGUUUGAUAAAUGA